AUGCACGCCUCAGCAGUCUUCGUCCUCGCCGUCGCUGGCUUCGCCGCCGCACAGUCUACAACUUCUGUUCCCUCCAGCAGCUCUAGCUCUGUUGCCACCUCUGGCUGCGGCACCCAGAUCGACACCAUCAUCUCCGCCUGCCUCGGCUCCACUACACCACAGCUCAAGGCCUGCGCUUCUCAAGACUGGGACUGCAUGUGCACACAAUCCCAGAAUGUGCUCACUUGCUACAACAACUGCCCGAGCGACCCCAACAAGUUCGGCGCCGAGCAGACUUCAGUGUCUUACUGCAAUGCUGCUAAAGCGUGA